CGGUUCAACCGGUUAGAACCGACCCAUAAACCGGUUGUUCCAAUCACUAUUAAUAAAUUUUACUAAAUAAAUUUUAUUUUGGAGGGAACUCGUUAGUUUUGAGCGGUUUAUUUAUUUUUAUUUUUGAAUGUUCUUUCAUUCAAAAGAGCUAUAAUAUUGCAACCAUAUCUUCAAAAUAUAUAUUUAAUCACGCAAAAAUAAAACUAUUAAUUUUGUGCAAACGUGAUGAGCCCGGGAAGCACAAAACUCUAUCUCUAAGAAUCCUAAAUGCAAACAAAGUCUAACUUAUUAAUUAAUAUAUAUAAAAAUAUAUAACUACAUAAGUAUAUAAUAUAUAUAAUAUAUAUACUAGUAGUAAAGCCUCAGCUAAAUCACAAUUCAUUAUAAUUAUUAAUGGACAAUCAGGCGUACAUUGCACCAAAAUCGGAGAAGAUGGAAUCUUGUUCAACCUCCGGCGAAGCAGUGAUUCCGGCGGCGGAUGAUAAACCUAAAUAUCCGCCGGGUUACCGCUUUGUGCCAAAGGACGCAGAACUCAUCGUCGACUAUCUAGAGGUGAAGAUCAAAAAUCUGCCGAUUCCACUCGAUGAAAUAAACGAUGUUCAUCUUUACGAACACCAUCCUCAAUUCUUGGCAGAUAACAACCCUCAACUUGGAGAAAAAGAGUGGUACUUCUUCACACCGAGGGAUCGAAAGUAUCAAAACGGACAACGGCCUAGUCGAUCGGCAGGCAAUGGCUACUGGAAAGCUACUGGUUCCGAUAAAGUGAUCUCUUCCGGGGGUAAAAUCGUCGGAUACAAAAAGUCUCUCGUUUACCACGAAGGGAAACCCCCAGCAGGAAUCAAGACUAACUGGAUUAUGCACGAAUACAAAGUCAAUCAGCCCGGUCGAGCAAAAACCUGUCCUACCGAUAUGAGGCUAGACGAUUGGGUUUUGUGUCGGUUAUAUAUAAAAUCCGAAAGGGCAAACAACAAGCGAAAGAGAGGUGACGAAACUGCCCAAUUAGUGAAAGAAGAAGACGAAGAAAAUAAUGAAAAUCAAGAAGAUCAAGAAGGAGAAGAAGCCGCCGAGACGAAUUCCGGAAAUGAAGAUCAAGAAGCCGCCGAGACGAAUCCCGGUAAUUAUAACGAACACGCCACUAUUGGUAGUAACGAAUACGCCAAUAAUAUUUGUUAUAUCGAAUACCCCAAUAAUAUUUGUUAUAACGGAUUUGGCGAAACUAUUAAUAAUACGGAUACUCUGUUAUUCGAUCCCGUCUCCCCCUUCUGCACCAACAUCGAAGACCAUCUAGUGGACACACCUCCUCAAGUUUAUAAUUUGCCUCCAUCUUCGACUUUUCCCGAUUAUCGCAACGACAGUCCAGUAUUGAGUGAUAAUUAUAAUCGGCCCCCACAUUACAUCCAGCCGCCGGCGCAAGUUUAUUUCGAGAAUCAUCGGAGCGUGCACAUGCCUUAUGAUAUCGAUUAUCCGAGAUACCAGUUCAUGGAAACUCCCGGAACAUUCCAGAACAGUCACGGGAAUCAAGGAAUCAGUCACGGGAAUCAAGGAAUCUACGAACGAGCUCCUUCGUCGUUUGGUAGUUCGUCUUUACCUUCGACCUGUACUACUGGUGCCUCCGAUCCUACGGCAAAACCUCAGGAUAAUUGUAAUUAUCACCCUGAUUAUAAUCAGUCGAUGCCGAGGAAAAGACGUCAUUAGUAGGCGUAAAUAUGUUUAGCUUUACUGUUUUUUUUUUCCGACUAAUUACAAACUUAUCGUAGAUUUCGAUUUCGUUUUUUUGGUAUUUAUGGAGUUUG